UCCUAGCUUUCUUAUUACGUGUGCGCUCACACUCUCCACUUGCUAGCACUCUCCACUCACUCGUUUAGGGACUAAAAACCCUAAACCACACUAAAUUUCCAAAAUUUACGCAACUGGAUUCCACAACUUUUCAUGAGUCUCUCCCCGCGAAUUCCCCACGGUUUCAACCUCUUUUUUAGCACACAAAAACCAACAUAUAUAUGUGUAUGCAUAUAUAUAUAUAUAUAUAUAAGUUGUACUAUACCUACCAAUAUUAUCUCUCUUCUCUUGUCCCUCCACACAUUAUAUAUGGCUGACCAACCUAAUAACACACAGUCUAAUAUUAUUCCAACACACCCAAGUACUCAAACCCAAACACCAACCUUUGACCCUAAUUUCAAUAUUCCUCCUCCCACAGUGCACCAACCACUGUUUUUGACUAGUAGUGAUAAAAAUUCUUCUUCUUCUUCUUCACAAGAGGCUGCUCAACCUUCUAAUAUGGCUCCUGGAGUCACCACUUCUAGGAGGCCACAAAUGUACCGUGGAAUCCGUUGCCGGAGCGGGAAAUGGGUGUCGGAGAUCCGGGAACCGCGCAAGACUACCCGUAUAUGGCUUGGUACAUAUCCUACCCCAGAAAUGGCAGCCGCAGCAUAUGAUGUGGCUGCUUUGGCUCUCAAAGGAGCUGAACAUGCUGUUCUGAAUUUUCCGGAUUGUGCACGGACAUAUCCCGUGCCUGCCUCCACGUCGUCUGUGGAUAUACGCAGCGCCGCUGCUGCGGCUGCUAAGUUAAAGGACAUUAACAUUGUGAGGGGUCAUGGAAGUACAACUGAUCAAGGUGGUGUUGGUGAAGCUGAAAUCCUUUUUAGCAAUAUUGGUGGAGGUGGUGGUGAUCAAGAAUUUGUGGAUGAGGAGGAACUUUUUGAUAUGCCGAAUUUGUUGAUGGACAUGGCAGAGGGAAUGCUGGUUUCGCCGCCGAGAAUAAGCUCGCCGGUAUCCGAUGAGUCGCUGGAGAAUUCUGAUGGAGAUAGUCUGUGGAGCUAUUUUUAGUUAUUGCUCCUAAUGCUAGAAAAUUCAAUCAAAUUUAACUUCAAGAAAGUAAUAUACCCAAAAUUUACAAUAAAAAACUGAAAAAAAAAUUCAUUUUAGCUUGAAUUGAAAUACAAGUGGAAGAUGACAUGAUAUUCAGAAGACAUGAUUUUGAGAAUGAAGUAGUAGGUAGCAAGCUAGGAAUUUAGGUUUACUACUUUAAUUUUCUUGUAUAAUGAGUGCAAUGUUUAAUAUUUAUCCUUUCUGUAUUAAUAAAGUAUACAUAUAUAUAUAUAUAUGUAU